AUGCCAAAGGAUAAGAGGAAAGAUGGCAAGAAGGCAGAAAAAUCUACACGUUCUCCUCUUCCUUCACGUUCUCCUAUUUCUGCACAAGAUACAGCUGAGAGCAGUUCAACAAAACAGACAGAUGUGACUGAAGUAGAAGAAACACAGGAAAAUCCAGAGAUAGUGAAUAAAGAACCAGACGGGGCAGAGGAAUCUCCAGUCCAAGGUGUUCCUCAAUACCCCGAGGAGCCUGGUCUUGCUGAAGUUAUUGUAGUAAGCUAUGAAGGUGAAAAAGUUCAUGGAUUGUACGAGGGUGAAGGAUUUGCAUAUCUUGAGGGGGGAAAUACAUACAAGGGCAUGUUUUCUGAAGGGCUUAUGCACGGACAAGGGACUUACACGUGGACUGAUGGAGUGAAGUACGAGGGAAUGUUUGUUAAGAAUGUGCAGAUGCUUAAUGGUCGUUAUACAUGGAAUGAUGGCAGCACUUAUGAAGGAUCAAUCCAGAAUGGCAUUAGGCAUGGAUUUGGAUUUUUCAAGAGUGGUACUCAUCCCAUUUCUUACAUUGGCUCUUGGUAUAAAGGCAAAAGACAUGGAAAAGGUACCAUUUAUUAUGACCAGGAACAUACCUGUUGGUAUUCAGGUGACUGGGUAAAUAACAUCAAAGAAGGAUGGGGAAUGAGAUGCUAUAAGUCUGGAAAUAUCUAUGAAGGUCAGUGGGAGAAAAAUGAACGUCAUGGAAAGGGAAGAAUGAGGUGGUUGACAGCUAAUCAAGAAUAUAUAGGACAGUGGGUGUAUGGUGUACAGCAUGGCUAUGGCACCCACAUAUGGUUUUUGAAGAGAACACCCGGGUCUCAGUAUCCUUUGAGGAAUGAAUACAUCGGGGAUUUUGUAAAUGGGGAACGACAUGGACAUGGGAAGUUCAUAUAUGCCAGUGGAGCAGUGUAUGAUGGUGAAUGGGUUUGUAAUAAGAAGCAUGGCAAGGGCAAAUUUGUAUUCAAGAAUGGUCAAGUUUAUGAAGGAGAGUUUGUAGAUGAUCGUAUGGUAGGGUAUCCUGCUUUUCAAAUGGAGGCAAUGAGUGCAAAAGAGCUGUCUGCCAUUUGCACAGGAAGUCAUCUUGGUACUGAAAACAUCACAAACAUUAAUAGCUCAGAAAAUACUUCUGUUCUGGGAUCAAAUAUUAAGUUGGAUAUAUCUUCACUGCUUGACCAGUUGCCAAGUGAAGAGAGACAUGAAGAACUAAAACAGGUGGAAUUUGCUGUGUUGAGGUAUAUUACAGAACUGAGAAGAAUUUACACCUUCUACAGCUGCUUAGGCUGUGAUCAUUCUCUUGACAACACCUUCCUAAUGACUAAGUUCCAGUUUUGGAGGUUUCUAAAGGACUGCCAGUUUCACCGUGCUAACAUAACUCUUGCUGAAAUGGAUCGGAUGUUGAGUGGUGAUAAAAUACCACCUGAGGAGAUACAUUGUCCACAUGAGACCUUACUGUUCAGAACAUUUUUAUCUUACCUUGUUCGACUAGCAUUUCUUAUCUAUCAUGAAGAGCACAAAGAAAAAGGUCCUUUUCUGCAAAAGUGUUUCUUAGAAAUGAUGUCCAAAAAUGUUAUUCCUGCUGCCUGUCAUAUCAAAGGUGUCUUAUUUUCUGAAAAACAAUGUACACUUCUUGUCAUGAGCUACAUUGACAAAUGCUGGGAAAUAUACAGAGCUUUUCGGAGACCAAGUACCAAACCUCCAUUUGAACCUACAAUGAAAAUGAGGCACUUCCUUUGGAUGUUAAAUGAUUUUAAACUUCUCAGCAAACAAUUAACUGCUUCAAGAGUUGUGGAAGUACUUGUCAAAGAUGGUCCCUCGCUACAUGAUAGCUGUCCUGCCAACCUGGAGCAGGAGUUGGUUUUUCUUGAGUUUGUUGAAGCUCUUCUUGAUUGUGCAUUGGUGAAUGUUACCAGUGAUGUGAUUAAGAAGGAAGUAGAUGGUGAUAAUCAGAGAAGAAAUAGCUUGAAAAAUGAGGGUCUCUCUGAGGAAACUAUAGAUGCAUCUCUGUCCCAGUUCACUUACAGCAAUGGUGUAAUUGGUACAGACAUAACUGAUGACUUUUCUGAGGCAGCUGAGCUUCACACUCAUUCAUGGGAAAAUGUUGUAUCAGAAGAUGAAGUAAAGGAACAUGAGACAUUGAAACCUUCUGAAGACCAAGGACAUCCUUAUCCUCUUCAAGAAGCUCUACUGGGUAAGUACUGUGAUUACCAUAAGCCUCUGAAACACUGGUGCCCAAGGGCCGUGCUAAAUAAUGGGUUUAUCUUCAAUUUUGCAGAUGAACCAGAAGGAGCCAAUACUGAACAAGACAAGGAAUUUAGUCUGGAAAUACAUUGGGUGCAAAACUUUUUUACAACUAAACUGUUUCCUGCCUACCAUCAUGGAAAAGUGCUGAGGGAAAAAAUAAAAGAAAAGCGAAUACAGGAUGCUGAAUUAACUGAGCUACAAAAGAUCAAGGAUGAGGAGCUGACAAAACGUAUUGCUGGAAGAGAAGCAGAAGAGCCAAAAAUGCAAGAAGCAGAAGAGAGAAAAAUGCAAGAAGCAACUGCAGCAGAAAAAGCAUUUGACUCCAAGAGUGCAGAUUUAAAGGAGGCAGAGAGGCCUGUCACACUGUUAGUACCUCCUCAGAAGGAAGAGGCACUCCCAGUUGCUACCAGGGUGCCUGCUGGCAAAAAGAAGAAAAAGAAAUAAAUGACCUGAUGAGAACUACUGAAGCUUCAAGUGAGUAACCAUUGUUUAAGUGAGAAAAACAAAACAAAGGGAACCACACUACUUACUAGCAGUAAGCUCUAGCAUGCAAGUAUGAUAGAACUGCAUGCAC